UAGGAUUAGAUAAAAAAUUGAAAAUUAUGAAUUUAUGAUAGGAGCAUGAAUAUAGGACAUAAAAAUUGUCAAUGUCCUAAAAGAUUAUUAUUUGACAAAGAUAUAUCACACCGAUCUAACCAGAUCAUAAUAUCCUAUGUUACUUACAUGUCUUUGUUAAAUCCAUUUCUUUGUUUUGCCCCAAUUUUCAACCUAAGUCAAAUCCAAUUCAAUACACUUUCUUCAGAUUCCUCAAAUCUAACUUAGAUUUCUCCUAAAUUCCCUCUUUUUCAGAUCCAACAAAGAGUUCUUCAAUUUUUCUUCUUCAAAUUCAAUGGCGGCUACAGAAAAAGGCAAGAUUUUUAUCUUCUGUUUGCUCUUAUUUUUAUCUUUUCUUCAUGUUUCUAGUGACCCUUUAAGCCCUGAAUCAUCUUCGAUACAAUCACAAUCCAAUGAUGAAUCUGUUUCUGAAUCACAAAGAACUAAUAAUAAUAAUCAAUUGAAUCAACAAGUUUUGUUGGAUAAACUUGUAGAGUUAGUGAAAAAUCUCAGUGAUAUAGUUGCAAGAUUAGAAUCAAAGCAACCCCAACAAGAGGUUCCAAAGGUUGCUCAAGAAAAAAAUAGGUUUAAUCAGAUAAAGGGUGGUGGUGAUGAUGGAAGAUCAAGUAAUAGUGAAGUAGUUGGUGAUGGAGAGUUUGAGGGGAAAACUCAAAAUGGUGAGAAAGCUAAGGGAAUGUCUGUCACAAAGUAUACUCCUUUUUGGUCAGAGAGGUUUCAAUUUGCAUCUGCUGUGAAAUUGGAUUCUGAUGCAACUUGUAUAAAUGUUCUGCCUUUUAAGGAUCAUGAAGGGUUAAGUAAGUAUGUAGCAGUUAGUGAUGAGAAGGGAAGAGUCUAUGUGUUUUUGAGAAAUGGUGAUGUUUUGGUUGAGUUUGAUACUUUAUUGGAUUCGCCUAUUACGGCUAUGGUUUCAUAUACUUCUGCUUUUAAGAAUGAGAGUUUUGUUGUAACUGGUCAUGAGAAUGGGGGAAUGUUGAUACAUAGAGUUUGGGAGGGAUCGAGCGGUGAAGACUUGAGUUCACUUUUCAUGGAAAAUGUUGGUAAAUUUGUGUCACCUGAAAAUGAUGUGAAUGGUUUGGCUAUAACUUUGUUGGAAGUUCAUUUUGUAGGAAGGAUGAAGUACAUUCUAUCAGCUGAUACUAGUGGGAAGAUUAAGGUUUUUAAGGAAAACGGUAUGUUUUACGGUUCUGUCAUGCCGAGUACUAGGCCGUUAGUUUUCUUGAAGCAAAGGCUUAUGUUUUUGACAGAAACUGGCGCAGGCUCAAUUGAUUUAAGGGGCAUGAAAAUUAAAGAAUCUGAAUGUGAUGGGUUAAACCAUUCCCUUGCUAGAGCUUAUGUUUUCGAUGCCACUGAGCGUUCCAAGGCUUAUGGUUUUACAUCUGAUGGUGAUUUGAUCUAUGUCUUGUUGCUUGGUGAUGCAAUGAACUUCAAAUGCAGGGUUAGAUACAAGAAAAAGUUUGAAAUGGAAGAGCCUCUUGCCUUGCAGGCAAUUAAGGGUUACUUGCUUAUUGUUAAUCCUAAAAAGGUUUUCGUGUUUAAUGUUUCGUCUCCUCAUUAUGUGAGAGUUGGGGUUCCUCGACCUGUUUUCUCCUCAAGCAUCAAUGAGCUUAGAUCCUCAUUCUUAAAUCAUCCAACUCCAAGUUUGGAUGACGAAACAAGAGUGAUGAUACCGUUGAUAGCCAGUGACCGUGAAAAGCUUGUUAUCGUUGGACUUGGAGGUGGUUAUGUUGGAAUGUAUCAUUCCAAUCUACCUAUCUAUAAAGGCGAAUUCAAUACCAUGCUAUGGACUAGUCCGGUAUUGUUCUUCGUACUUUUUCUAUUCGGUGCUUGGCAUUUUUUUGCCAAGAAGAAGGAAUCACUUACAUCAUGGGGACCGGAUGAUCCCUUGGCAUCCGCAACCGGUGCUCCCUUGGCAUCUAGUUCCGGCGAAAGAUCUUUUGUGGACUCUUCUUCAAGAACCUCUGCUGAUGUUAUGGAUCUUAGAAGCGGAGCUCUCAGAGGUCCACCACCACCGCGAAGAUAUGGCUCUCCUACAAGGUUUCCCGGUGGAGCAGCAAAUACCUAUAGACUUGGUUCCGCCGAUCACAAUCCUAGACCAGCUUCAGUUGAUCCCGAUUUUCGAGCAGCUUCCGAGCUUAAAUAUAGGGCCUCAACUAUGGAUCCUCCUGGUUUCCCUAAAAGAAGAGAUGGCAUGUUUGUAGGAAAUCAAGUUGUAAACGAUCGCAGUUGAGCGGCAGAGUUAAUUAAUUUCAUGCUUUUCUCAAACUAGUUCAAGAGAUUUCCUUAGUUUUUAAUCUUUUGAUGUCUCAAUAUGUUUAAGCUUUUGAGGGAAAUAAAUUAUAAUGAGAAAGAAGCUUCUAAGUUUUUUGGUUUAAUCAUUUCCUUAUGUUUGAAUUAUACAAGGUACCUCACUUUUAGUGUUUGUGACUACACAA